CAGCAUAGCGGAAGGAUUUGCGCAUGCGCCAAUUCCACAGCUGCUAGUGUCUUGUUGACAAUUUUGCUCGAUUCAUUUUGAUAUUCUAGGUGCAAUGUUGUCGUUGCUGGAAUAAAAUGGUCAUGCAUUCCUGGCGAUAUGCUCAAAUGGGGAAACUCUCCAUGAAAUCGUCAUAAACGUAUGUGCCCGGCCGGUCUGAACCAUGCUGAAGUGGUUUUCCAAUGACGAGGCAGAGUCUGGCUCAGGAGCCCCAGGCUAUCCCCAUGGAAGCGGCAGAAGUGAAGCAGUUCAAGCUGAAGAAAUGGCAGACAAACUUGUUCAAACUCAGCAGCUUGUCACUCAACUGAAAGAGCUGAUUCGGGAGAAGGAUGCAACACUUUGCACCAAGGAUGAACAACUUAAGAUGGAGAAGGAGGCGUGUGAGGCCAAACUGUCGAAGCUGCGUCUCCAAAACAAGGCCAAGGUGACUUCUCUCACCACACAGCUUGAAGAACUGAAGAAACUGAUGCAGAGCCAAGAUUCACCAACACGCAACAAGAAGGGCCCAUCAGAAGGAGGAGACCAAGCCACUCGAGGGAGAAUCGUUUUACUGAAGAAAAAGGUUGAGGAGCUUGAAGAACACCUUGCCCAGAGUGAGAAGGAGAUUGAAAGGAAGAGGACAGAGGUAGAAGCACAGCAGCUACGAGGUGAAGAAAUGGAUGCUAUGCUGACAGAGAAGGACAGGAAGCUGGCAGAGAAGGAGGCCUACAUUAUUCAUUUGCAAACAGCAACGGCAGUAGACCAGUCCGUUACAUCCACACCGCAGGUAGAUGAAGACCAUGGAGUAAUGCAUGAACUUCAGCAGCUGGUGCAGAGCCUGACCAAGAAGGUUGGAGAAGCAGAGGAACGCUAUAGUUUGCUUCAGGAGCAGACGGACAGCCUGAAGGAGCUUCUGGACACAGAGAAGGAGCAGUACAGUCAGAAAGAGAACAUGUACAAACAAAAUAUUCAGACUUUCAAAGAGAUAAUCCUCCAGAAAGAUAAUCAACUGACUGAGAUCAACCAGAUGCAUGAACAGGAGCUCUUCAAACUUGCCGCAAAGUCUGAUGCCAGUGCUGAUCUUGAGCAGCUUCUGAAGGCUUUAAAACAGAAACUUCAUGAGAAAGAGGAGGUGCUGAUUGGAAAAACACAGGUCAUUGAUGUUCUUCAGAAAGAAGUCGACGGCAGGGACCAACAGAUAAAGGAGCUAACAGAGCGGAUGCGGAGACUAAACAUUGAACGAGAGAGCCUUGAAUCCAAAAUGGAGGCAGAAAAGCAUGUAAUGCGAGCCCAACUUCGCGACCUGAUGGAGAAGCAGCAGGUUGAGAUUCGGCAAAUGACAGAAAAGCAUCAAGCGCAGUUGACUCAAACACAGCAGGACCUACUUGGCCAACUAAAUGAGCUGAGAAGAAAUACAGUAACACUACAAUCUGUCAGUCAGGAGUCCCCAAAAGCUGAAAACAUAUCUGAUGAUUCCGCUUCUUUCCAGAGGAUAGCAGACUUAGAAGCCCAAACUAAGCAGAAAAUAGAAGAAGCCAGCAGAUCGGAGGCGAAGUUCCUGAAAAUGAAAGCCUGGUCUAAAUCUCGAAUCAGACAGCUGGAGGAAGAGCUGAAAAAAAGUCAGGCUGGUAUUGCGCCUCCUGAUCUUACUGCCUUGCGAAGUCAGAUUACAGAACUGGAGGUGGAACGUGAGGAAAACCUUUGGAAAGUGGAGCAGUACGAGGAGCUCAAAGCAAAGAAUGACAUGUUAGAGGCUAAACUGGAGGUAUAUGAGGAGCAACAGAGGACAUUGCAAGCAGAUCUGGAACAGUUUACAAAAAGAGCUACCUCCCAGGCAAGUGAGUCUGGGAGUGCUGAUGAUGCUCACAGCCAGGUGUUGGAGUGGCAGGAGAUGGUAGAUGAGGCAGUGAGUGCCAGGGAUCAGGCCAGGGAAGAAAAGGCUGCCAUGGUCCUUCGCAUUACCCACAUGGAAGAAGAAAGAGAGGGACUGAUUGAGGAUGACUGGUUCUUUCCUGGCUGCUCCGAUCCAGCACUGGCCACUCGGCAGCAGGAGUUGGAAGAGGAGCUGGCUCAAGCUCAGGGGCUCAGCCAACACGGGCACAAGAAGUUGGCUGUACCAGCCCAAAGAAGCAUGCAGGAGAAUUUUGAAUUUGAUGGAAAAGCCUCAUUCCAGGACUACCACAGCACAUUGGAGAGCACAACUCCAAUGGAAGGAGAAAAUAUGGGAGGUUGGUGGCCUGAGUACAGUACACCUGACACAGAUGGUUUGCGGACUGUGGUGGAGGAGCUGGAGGUAGAGAGAAAUCAAUUACAAGAGCAGAUACUGAGCCUGGAAGAGCGUUGUCAAGGUCUUGAAGAUCGUCUACAGCUGCAGGCACGCUUUGAGACCUUACAGAAUGAGACGGAUAAAUUACAGACCCAACUUGCCAGUGUGCGUAGUCAGCAGAACAGGGAAGCAGAAAAACAUCAGCUGUUGGUUCGUAGUCUCAAUGAACAACUUAAGGGGCUCAGUGACACACAGGAAUGCCUGGAAAGCUCACUCAUUGAGAAGGAAAGCACUUUAGCCAAGACAUCAGAAAAACUGGAGCUCAUCAACAGCCUCAAAGAAUCUUUGAGUGAAAAAGGAAUUCAGUGCAAAGAGAUGUCUGACAAACUCCUUCAGACUGAGCAAGCUCUUGAGAAUGUUUCCAAGAAAAGCAGUAACUCAGAGAAGCUCUGCUCUGAGUUAAAAGCAGAAGUCACUGAUGUCACACAGAGGCUGAGUGAGCUGAGAGACAAGAGUCAGAAGCAAGACAUCAUCAUAGACACAUUACAAACUGAGCUUGACCAAACGAAUGAGGAAUUAGACAAGUUAAACACGUCCCACCUGGAAGAAAGGGCCCAACUCAUUCAUGAUCUUCAAAGUUGUGAACGGGAGAUUGAUAGUCUGAAAGAUACUCUGUUGGAAAAAGACAAAGCACUCAACACCACCAUGUUGGAGUAUUCAGAACAGGUUACAGUUCUCAAAGAAGAGCUUCGACUCAAGGAAGAAAACUUGAUUCAAGUAGAAAAUACAUUGACAAAAGCAGGUCGAGAGGUCACAGUUAUUAGCGAUUCGCAGACUGCAGAUCAGCAAUCGCUUAAUAGCAAGAUUACAGGGCUUGUUGAGAAUCUAAAGGAUGUUAGGAUGGAAUUAGACAAGGCCAAACAGAAGAAAGCAAAUCUAAAGUAG